AUGAUUGAACUACAUGAUUUAUCAUCUGAUGAAUCGUUUGAUGAUAUGAAAUCAUCAGAUACAUCUUAUUCAUCUCCAAAGACUGGUGCUGCAUCUAAUAAAAGUUCAUCGAAUAGUACUAUGACACAAGUUGAACCUACGUUUAAACUCCCGCCCCGAGUCCGUCGACAAGGAAAUGUUCGGAAAACGAACCUAACCAGCCGGAACCAACCGUGCCAUAAUAACCUGGGACACACUCCAUACUCCCCCGUGAAGAUUUUUAAUAUGAAUGCCAGAGCACAAAUUGAAUAUGUCUUUGUUUUAGAUCAACAUGCCGCAUCAUCCUCACCGUCGUCUACGACAACGUCAUCCGUCAAGACUUGA